AUGUAAAACAGAAAUAUCUCUGUUGGUAGAAGUUAAGAGCUAGUAAAGAAAAUACCAGAUUAUCGUGCAAGAUAUCAGCCUAUAGAAUUGUAACUAUAAAAGGAAGGGGGAUUAAAAAAACAAAUAUAUGAACCUUAGCCAAGAUUGGAAGAAAUCAGCAUUAAAGGAAUAGCCUAAUUAAGACAUAAUGUGAAUUAGAGUUGUAGAGAAACUUAUCAAUUUUCAUAAACAUAAGUAAUGAAGAUUAAUCAUGAUGGAUUAAUUAGUGAGAUUGCAUUUUGUUAAGACUCUUAAAGAAGAGAGUAAGAAAUUGCUACUCUUGGUGAAGAACAUAAAAAAGAAAUAAUAGAAUACUGUGAAUACAAUCAAGUUAAGGUUAUGAUAUGUAUCACUAUGUAUUCUGAACCUUUAUAAGAAUUAUAAAAAUCUUUAAAAGGAAUACUAGAUAGUUUGGAUGAAUUUUAUUAAGAUGGAAUAUUGCCAAAUUAAAUUUUAGUAGUAGUGAUAUAUGAUGGAAUUGAAAAUAUAAGAAAUUAAGGAGAUGAAAAUGGUAAUAAUCAAGAAGGCGAUAUUAUACGUAUAUUUUUGUAUUUUAUUUAGCCUAUUUUUGUUAAUAUUUAGACAAAUAAAAUAAAAUUGAAGGGAAGUAAACACUUGAAGAACAAUAUAAAUUGUAUAAAUUAAAUAAAUAAUUACUCUAAAAAUAUUCUUUAGAAUAAAGAAAGCGAUUUUUAUAGAGAAAUGAUUUUUCUAAGGAUUAAUUUAUAAAGAGAGAUCCGAAUUUAAAUUAUAUAAAGAAAAAUUAUACAAAAGCUGUAUAGACAAUGGAAUCCUUAUAUAAUAAGGCAAAGGAAUAUAUAGAUUUAAGAUAAAAUAAUGCUUUAGUUUAUUAAAGUGUAUUUACAACUAUGCUUCCAGAUUAAGAAGAUUUAUAAUUACCAAUUUUUAAUGUUUUUAAAUUUGCUAAUGGAACUAAAUUAUCUUCACAUUUGUGGUUUUUUAAAGGAUUCUGUUAAGAAUUUUAACCAGAAUAUUGUGUCUUAAUGGAUUGUGGAGCAAAACCUUAAAAAGGAUCUAUUUAUUAUUUGAUAAAGGAACUUAUAGAUAACAAACAAGUUGGAGGUGUAUGUGGAACUAUGUCAAUUGAAUUAUCUAAAUCUGAUGAUUAAAAGGGUGAAUAUAUGGAUAUAAUAAGUAAAAUAUUAAAUGUUGAUAUUUUCAAUAUUGAAAGAUGUUAAAAAUGUGAAUAUGAUAUUGGCAAUUUAUUAGAUAAAUAAUUUGAGUCAGCAUUAAAUUUUAUUUAAGUUCUACCUGGAGCCUAUUCAGCAUAUAGAUAUAAAGCCUUUUCAACAAAAUAUUAGCAUGAAAUUUAACAUAAAUGUAAUGAUUCAUAAAUAAGCAUCAAUAAUUAAAUUUUAAAUAUUUCUAAUGAAUCUUAAAGUAAUUAAAAUGAAGACAUUCUAAAUAUUUAUUUAAAAUCUAAAUUAGAUCCUAAUUAUGAACAUGAAACUUUAGAAGAAGCUAAUAUGUUUUUAGCAGAGGAUAGAGUCUUGUGUUUAUACUUGUUUUGUAAUGGAUACUACUUAAAAUAUGUAAGAAAUGCAUUAGUUGAAGUUGAUCCUCCUUAAAAUAUAAUUUAACUUUUAUUGUAACGAAGAAGAUGGAUAAAUGGAUCAUAUUUUGCUUUGAAUUAUGUAAUAAGGAAAUUUGGGGAAUAAUUGCCUAAUAGUGGUCAUUCAUAAAUUGAUAAAUCGUUAUUCAUUUUGUGUUUAGUAUUUGCUAAAAUUUCAUAAUUAUUGCAAUAUCAUGCAAUUACUCUUUAAAUAGUUUGGUUAUUCAUUGUUGUAAAAACAUUAACAGAAAAUUUAGAUAAAAUGGUUGCUGCAGCAAUUAAGUAAUUAGUUAUUGGAAGCUAUGUUUUUUUAGUUUUCAUUUUAAUCUAUCUUUCAUUAACUUAUAAUUCAAGUAGUGUCAAUAUGAUAAUUAAUAAGUAAUAAAAAGAGAAGGAAAGAAAUUAAAUUAAUUAAUAUUACUAUUCUAAAUUUUAUGGAAUAUCUACUGUUUUAGGGUUGGUUAGUCUUUUAAUUGCUGGAUUCUCAUUUUAUUUUUUAAUAAUUGAAUUAGUAAUCAAUUAAUCACCUUUAAAAUUUAUUAGUGUUCCUUAAGAUCUACCUUCAUAUAUUUAUUUUAUAGUUUUAAUCUCAUUUAUUUUUACAGUUUUGCCUUUUAUAUUGCAAUUAUUUAUUGAUUGGAAAUUAGUAUUCAAAAUAGCAAUUAAUUCAAUUCAUUACAUAUAUUAUAUGCCUACUUAUACUCAUUUAUUUAUUACUUACUCUUUUUGCAGAAUAGAUGAUUUGACUUGGGGAACAAAAGGUUUAAUAUCAGAAUUAGAGAAUAAAGGUUAAAACAAUAAAGAAUCAGAUAAAAAAUUUCAAAAGUUUAAAUUUGUUGCAGAAUGGAUACUCAGAAAUGUUUUUUUAACAUUAAUUUUUUAUUUACUAUUUUAAUUAGAAGUUUAGAAUAUAAUGGUAAUUAUAAUAUUAUCAUUUGGAGUUGUAUUAAGUUUAUUAUAAUUGGUCAAAUUUAUAGGUUAUUUCAAAUAUUGGUGUUAGUUUAUAUUUAUAAAAAAGUCUCCUGCUUAAAUGCGUAGUAUUGAUUAAGCAGAUAAUAAUAAUAAUGAUAAUAGAGUGCAUCCCAAUAAUGAAUAACAAUGUCCUUAAAAAUAUAAACGGAAAGGUGUUAAAGAAAGAAGCAAAUUAUACAAGUAAGCUUUAAGGCACUUAUACUAACCAUUUCAAAAUGAAAAUUUAUCUUAAUAAAUAAAUGAAGCAUGA